AUGCCAACGCCGUGUGCGAUCAGCGACUGCAGCAAGUUUGCCAAGGUCCACGCCCUUUGCCUCGUGCAUGCGCGCGUUCUAUCGCUCGUCACGUCGACCGACGCUUCGCCCACCACGUACACCAAGGCGCACCGCCUCUGCAGCGAGCGCGGCUGCGCGUCGUACGCCCGCCGGCUUGGCAAGUGCUCUCGCCACGGCGGCGCCAGGCUCUGCAGCGUUCGAGGGUGUGCGACGCCGGCGCAAACCGCCGGCAAAUGCCGGCUCCACGGCGGUGGCACGCUCUGCAAGCAGCCCGGCUGCACUUCGUUUGCACGAACAGGCGGCUGGUGUGCACCCCACGCCCGCUCCCUUCGUAGUCCUCCUUUAAACGACUCGUAA